AUGAAGUACAAAGAUGAGAAGUACGAGAAAGCUGAGAAAGGUUCAAUGAAGCUCUUGCCCAAGACAAUUUUACUAAUUCUGCUAUGUGGGGUUUCAUUUUAUCUUGGUGGGUUGUACUGUGGGAAGAACACUGUCGAAGUUAAAGACGUUGCAAAAGCUGGAACUUCCUUAGCUGUUGUUGACUCUCCUCAAGUCAAAUCUGUUUCUUUCUCGGAAUGUAGCAGUGACUUCCAAGAUUACACUCCCUGCACGGAUCCAAGGAAAUGGAAGAAGUAUGGUACUCACAGGCUUACAUUCAUGGAGCGUCAUUGUCCUCCUGUGUUCGAUAGAAAGCAAUGUCUCGUUCCUCCUCCCGAUGGAUACAAGCCGCCAAUAAGAUGGCCUAAGAGCAAAAACGAAUGUUGGUACAGGAAUGUGCCAUACGAUUGGAUUAACACACAGAAAUCUAACCAGCAUUGGCUAAAGAAAGAGGGUGAAAAGUUCAUUUUCCCUGGUGGAGGUACAAUGUUUCCCAAUGGAGUUAGUGCCUAUGUCGAUCUGAUGCAAGACUUGAUCCCUGAGAUGAAAGACGGAACUAUACGCACUGCCAUUGACACUGGUUGUGGGGUUGCGAGCUGGGGAGGCGAUUUGUUGGACCGCGGUAUCCUCACAGUGUCACUCGCGCCAAGAGAUAAUCACGAAGCUCAAGUCCAGUUUGCUCUAGAACGCGGGAUUCCCGCAAUCCUAGGCAUCAUUUCGACUCAACGUCUCCCUUUCCCUUCGAAUUCAUUCGAUAUGGCUCAUUGCUCGAGAUGCCUUAUUCCGUGGACAGAAUUUGGUGGAGUCUAUCUCCUGGAGAUUCAUCGUAUCCUAAGGCCUGGUGGCUUCUGGGUCUUAUCUGGUCCACCAGUCAAUUACGAGAACCGUUGGAAAGGUUGGGACACAACCAUUGAAGACCAGAGGUCAAAUUACGAGAAGCUGCAGGAUCUGUUAUCUUCAAUGUGCUUCAAAUUGUAUGCCAAGAAAGACGACAUCGCAGUGUGGCAAAAGUCUUCAGACAACAUGUGCUACAACAAGCUGUCUAACGACCCUGACGCAUACCCGCCAAAAUGUGACGACAGCCUCGAGCCAGACUCUGCUUGGUAUACGCCGCUACGCCCUUGUGUUGUUGUCCCAAGCCCUAAGCUUAAGAAGACGGAUCUGGAAUCAACUCCCAAAUGGCCAGAGAGAUUGCACACAACUCCUGAAAGAGUCUCUGAAGUCCCUGGAGGAAAAAGUGGCGUAUUUAAGCACGACAAUAGCAAAUGGAAAACGAGGGCUAAGCAUUACAAGAAGCUCUUACCUGCGCUCGGCUCUGAUAAGAUCAGGAAUGUGAUGGAUAUGAACACUGCUUACGGAGGUCUUGCUGCUGCUCUGAUCGAUGAUCCUUUGUGGGUCAUGAACGUUGUCUCUUCUUAUGCUGCAAAUACACUCGCCGUUGUGUUUGAUCGUGGUUUGAUCGGAACAUAUCACGACUGGUGUGAAGCAUUUUCGACGUAUCCAAGAACUUACGAUCUCCUUCACGUUGAUGGUUUGUUUACAUCUGAAAGCCAAAGGUGUGAGAUGAAAUAUGUGAUGCUAGAAAUGGAUCGGAUCUUGCGUCCUAGUGGGUAUGUGAUCAUACGCGAAUCGAGCUAUUUUGUGGAUACCAUUGCAUCGGUUGCUAAAGGACUGAGAUGGAGUUGCCGUAAGGAAAAAACAGAGUCUGAAUCCGGGACUGAGAAGCUUUUGAUUUGCCAGAAGAAGCUGUGGUAUUCAUCUAACGCAACCUCAGAAACAAAGUAG